AUGGACCUUUUGCACUUGAUAGAUAGUUCGUCUGAGAGUGGAGAGGAGAAAACUGAGGAUGAUAAUUCGAAAAGGAAGCUGAGCCAGAAAGAAGAAGAUGCGAACUCCAAACGCAGGGAAAAAAGACAAAGAGCAGAACCACCUGAUCAAUCUCGAGACAAUGAGAAACCAAAGAAGGGGUCCAUCACCAUUAUGGCUGCAAGCAAGGCGCCAUCUUCAUUCUUCAAGAGAUCGAUUCCUCAUCGACAAGGUCACUGGGCUGGCCAUAUCAUGAUUCCCGUGAACUCAUUUUCUCCUUCUUUCAUUCGAAGCAGCGUCCGAAAAUUUCAGCACAGGUUGGAACUCCAUGGCUACUCGGGGAUUGUGGUCGAGCAUGACGAAAUCCACAUUUCUUUGUCCAAACAUUUCUCCGUUCAGGCCAGUAACUUGGAAUCCUUUGUUCAGCAGUUGAAAAGGCGGCUGGAAAAGGAACGCCCAACCAAGCUAUUUGUCGACACAUCAGGCAACAUCCUUGUCAAUGAUGAAAGGACCAGGUCCUUUUGGGGUUGGACGGUUCAGCCCAAUACUUGUCUUCGAAGAAUAAUUUCUCAUGUCGAUUCAGUAUUACAGCAAUACAAUCAACCGUCGUACUAUGAAAACCCAAUCUUUCACAUCAGUCUUGCAUCGUCGACAGAGGAUGUUGCCCAUUUGAACAAGUCAACUACUGAGGACUUGAAACACAGCGACAGUGACUCGACCGAGACCUCCGACGACGGUGACGAUUUCUAUACCAACGAUAACACUGUUGCUGUUGAUAGAAUACUAUGCAAGUUUGGGAACAAGAAGACAUAUGAAAUUGUACUCUAA